AUGAAUAUGUGAGCCUGUGUGGGCGUGUGUGGGGGGGUACUAUUUAUGGGUCGGUACGCUCUGUCUAUCCCAGGCUUUCCCUCUGGAGCUGCGAUGAUGGGAGUCCUGCUCAUUCUGUGCUUGACCAUUGCGUCUGUUUGGACAGCACCAACUCAGACAGAUUCUGGACCUGUUAUUGUUCUCAAGCAUGGCAGUGUCCGUGGCAAAUAUGUAACAGUGAAAGGCUCAGAUAAAAUAGUGGAACAGUAUCUGUCCAUUCCUUUUGCUCAGCCACCCGUGGGUCCUCUCCGUUUGGCAGCACCCCAACCUGUUGAACCCUGGGAGGGGGUGAGAGAUGGUACACAGUACUCUAAUGUGUGUCUUCAGGACCCAGGUGUCAUUACGUCUGCGUCAAAAAUUAUGGCCUUAAAUUACACUCUCACAGCUGUCUCAGAGGACUGUCUUUAUCUAAAUGUGUACACACCCUCUCAACGCUCAGCAUCAGAAAAAUUACCUGUCAUGUUCUGGAUCCAUGGAGGCGGCCUGCACAUUGGUGGAGCCAUUGAGUAUGAUGGAUCAGUACUGGCAGCCUAUGAAAACAUAGUUGUUGUCGUCAUUCAGUAUAGGCUAGGCAUACUAGGCUACUUCAGCACUGGAGAUAAACAUGCCCAAGGCAACUGGGGCUUUCUGGACCAGAUUGCAGCACUGCAGUGGGUGAAGCAGAACAUUGAGAGUUUUGGUGGAGAUCCUCAGUCAGUCACUAUUGCAGGGGUAUCUGCAGGGGCAAUCAGUAGCUCCAUGCUGACCCUUUCCCCGCUUGCCAAAGGGCUGUUUCACCGAGCCAUCUUUCAAAGUGGGACAGCAACCUUAGGAGCUUACUCAACAAAAGAUCCCACGGCCUUUGCCAGGAUAGUAGCAAAUGUCACAGAGUGUGAUAGCAGCUCCUCAGAGUUGCUGGUCAAGUGUUUAAGAGAAAAGACAGAAGAGGAUCUCAUAAAGGCAGCCAAAAAGCAAAAAAUCUACCUCGGAGCCACAGUGGAUGGGGAAUUUCUGACAGAUGUAGCAGAAGAAGUUUUGAAGAGCAAGAAUUUUGAGAAAAUCCCAGUUCUUUUAGGUGUGACAAACCAUGAAUUUGGAUGGAUCCUCCCUCUGACUUUUGCCCCUCCAGGGUGGAAUAAAGGGAUGAACAAAGACGCGGUGACUUCAGUGAUAAACCAGUUUUUCCCAAAUGGGGUCUCUGGAGCCAAUGAAUUAAUUAUUGAUGAAUACCUAAAGCAUGCUCAAUCUCCAGAGGCCAUAAGAGACGAGUUUACUCAAAUGAUGGGGGAUCUUUUCAUGGUGCUCCCUGUGCUAAAAGUGGCUGGUUAUCAUAGAGAUGCUGGAGCAAACGUUUACAUGUAUGAAUUUCAGCAUCGUCCCAGUGUUUUUAAAGAUAGCAGACCCAGCUUUGUGAUGGCUGAUCAUGCAGAUGAUGUUUGUUUUGUUUUUGGAGCAUGCUUUUGGAACGGCCAUGUCACAGUGAUAGGCACAAUAACUGAGGAAGAAAAUCAACUGUGUAAAACCAUAAUGGGAUAUUGGGCCAACUUUGUUCGCACAGGCUCACCAAACGGACCGGGUCUGGUACACUGGCCCCUCUAUGACACCUCUAAUAAGUAUUUGGAACUGGGAUUGAAACAAACAGAGGGACAAGGACUCAAACAGGACAAACUGAACUUUUUCAGUGUGGAGCUGCCUCAGAAGCUUGCUUCACAACACAAAGCCUGAGAAGAAUUUCUUUACUACAACUACUUUUUAAAUCCUAUAGCGCUUUGGGUCUUGAAAAGUGCAAUCCAAAUAAAAUGUAUUAUUACUAUUAUUGCUACCAACAAGAGCUUGUUUUCUAAUGUCAUAUUAUAUGUUUCUAGAAGCCUACAUGUGUGUCUUCAUUUUUUCUUUCUGAUUAUGUAACUGUAGUUUUACCACAACACUGUUGAAUUCUUGAAUCUGUUUAGUCAGGUCUUUAUAAAUUUUCUUCAACAGCAUGGAUCUGACAAUAGUGCCAGAAGAAAGGCAAUUCACAGGUUUAUAUUAUUGCACUGUUCAAAUAUUGUUACUAUAGUAAUCACCAGUUCAAAGGAACUUGAAUUGUGGAUGCUCUACAUAAUCUAAUUCAAAUAAGCAACAGAGAAAAAUGUAUUGUAUUUAACAAAGAAAAAUUGGAAAUCAUAGAUAUGAUGAAGCUGUCUAUAAGGAGACGUUUUUUUAACAUUUAUGGCAGGAGUCUACAGUGUCAGCACUUUGUACUAUUUAGAGAUAAUGCUGUUGCUUUAUUUCUGCCACCAGGAAAGUCUAAGGAUGGAGAACAUUGCAUUUUGGGGUUUGGAGUAACAAGCUGCAUUAUUUGUCUUAUUAACUUCAAGAGACAAUGGCUGUUUAGUGUUUCAUGGAUGUUCCACAACAAUAAAUGUAAUUAAAAACAAAUAAAAAUAAGAUGGGGGCUUGGUUUCUUAGUAGUUAGCACAUUUGCCUCGCACCUCCAGGGUUGGGGGUUCGGAUCCUGCCUCUGCCCUGUGUGCAAGGAGAUUGCAUCUUCUCCAAGGGAUUCAGGGUUUCCUCCUGGUAUUUCGGUUUCCGCCCCAAGACCAAAGAUAUGUUCUGUAGGCUGAUUGGAAUUUCCAAAUUGUCCAUAGUGUGUGAAUAUGUGUGUAAUUGUGCCCUACAAUGGGUUGGCACACUGUCCAGGGUAUCCCCCAUCUUGUGCCCUGAGUUCCCUGGGAUAGGCUCCAGGCUCCCCGUGACUUUGUGUGGGAUAAGCGUUGUAGAAAAUGGAUGAAUGUUAUUUAAGAUGUCAUUCUUUAAUAAAACAAAACAAAAAUAAAUCAUAUUUGGCAAA